AUGUCUGGCGAUCGUGAAAGCAAGACCUUCCUCGCCCGCCUUUGCGAGCAGGCCGAGCGCUACGAUGAGAUGGUUGGCUACAUGAAGGAGGUCGCCAAGCUGGGCGGUGAGCUGAGCGUCGAUGAGCGCAACCUCCUCAGCGUUGCCUACAAGAACGUCGUCGGUACCCGCCGUGCCUCCUGGCGCAUCAUCUCCUCCAUUGAGCAGAAGGAGGAGAGCAAGGGCACCGACAAGCACGUCGGCACCAUCCGCGAGUACCGCACCAAGAUCGAGCUCGAGCUCGAGCAGGUCUGCCAGGAUGUCCUCGAUGUCCUCGACGACAGCCUUAUCCCCAACGCCCAGACCGGCGAGUCCAAGGUCUUUUACCACAAGAUGAAGGGUGACUACCACCGCUACCUCGCUGAGUUCGCCUCCGGCGAGAAGCGCAAGGGUGCUGCCACUGCUGCCCACGACGCCUACAAGAGCGCUACCGAUGUCGCUCAGACCGAGCUGACCCCCACUCACCCCAUCCGUCUUGGCCUGGCCCUCAACUUCUCCGUCUUCUACUACGAGAUCCUGAACUCGCCCGACCGUGCUUGCCACCUCGCCAAGCAGGCCUUCGACGAUGCUAUCGCCGAGCUCGACUCUCUCUCCGAGGAGUCUUACCGCGACAGCACCCUCAUCAUGCAGCUCCUGCGUGACAACCUCACUCUCUGGACCUCUUCCGACAGCGGCGACGCUGAGGGUGCUGCUGCCGGCACCACCGAGGCUGCUGAGGAGAAGAAGGAGGAGCCCAAGGCCGAGGAGCCCAAGGCCACCGAGGAGACCCCCGCUGCCUCCUAA